UAACUACCAUACAUUAUAAACGUGCGAUAUAUGAUUUCAGAUAUAAUUUUAGAUAUGAUUUAAGUUAUGAUUUCUAUAUUAUUUGGUAAAGUCAAGCAUGAAUCACGACGUUAUUUUGAAAUAGCGACCAGGAAGAACGCUGUGUGUAUUAUAUGUCGUUCUUUCAAAUGAUCACAGAGAUAUUCUAAAGUUAUUAAUCUUUUCUUUACCGAUAUAUUUAGGUAGACGUUGGGUUGUAAACUUUAUGAUACAUGUUCAACAAACAAAACUGUGUCUGGUAUUUUAAAGAAAUAUGUAUAAGAUAUGCACGCAAAUAAUAUAUCUUAUUCUGAAAUGUUUUCAAAGUGAUCGGAUGAUACUAAUAUCAAAUUAAGAAGUGUUAAAUAAAUGUGUAAAUUAUAUCAACACGUUCAUAAAAAAUAAUAAUUAUGAAAUUUAAGAGGCUUCAAUAAAUGUGUAAUUUUUUUAUAAUUUGUCAACACGUGUAUACUUUGUAAUUGUUAAAAUAAUGAAUAAAAAGAAUAUUCGACCGAAGUCGGAAGGUUUGAUCAAGCACAUUUCACAACCGUUGAAUGUCAAACAUGGCCUUCAUAUAAGUAAAGCAUCAGUCGAGGAAACUUCUGUACGUAUAGGACAUCAAGCAGCUUCACCGCCAGCCCCGUGCCCUGGUAACAAGGAUGAUGUAGACCAAAUUACGUUUCAGGAGCAUGUCAUAUCACGAGUGCUCAGAGAGGAGAUAAUCCCGGCUCUACGUUUUGAGAUAAGUGAUAUUGUAGAAGAAAAGAUUAAAAAUGUUCACAAUGAACACGUUACAACUACAGAACAUUAUCACUGUAAAUCAUGCACGUGCGAUGAACUGACACAACCGCAGAUUCCCGCCCAGAAGUUAGAGGAUAGUCCGAAACCAUGUGCAUCCAUAUUUCUCGAACAAAGUCACAUACUCAACGACGCACGUAAAGAAAAUAUAUCAACAGUAACAGGUAUUGAGUUAACAGGAGAAAAAAGGGAACAAUUUAAGAAGAAAUGUUUUAGUAAUCCCAUAUAUAAUCAUAAAGGUCAAAUAUUACUGAUACACACAGAACAUGGGACGAAGCUUGUGAAAUAUGGUUCAACAGAACCUAAUUUGAAAGAUGACGCACUGAACUGUCAAGGUAAACCCUUAACUGAAUCGGAUGAAAGAGAAUGUCUAGCAAAUGCUUUACAGUGUCACAUUCACGAGCUUGUAGAUAGUAUUGUGUUUAAGGACAGUGAGCUACCUGACGCCCUUCUUGUAGAUAAUUGUCUCACUGAAGACGAGUGUGCAAAUGUAAGAAAAAUAUCUGACCGUAAGGAUCAGAUUCGUGUCCUUUUAUGUCUUAUAAAAGGCAGAGAUUUUCAUAUUCUGAAGAAAUUUGUGAAUCAUGUUAGGUCUCACAAUGAGCAGGUUGCUAAUAGUAUUGAAAUAAAGUUUGAACAGAAUAAGAGAGAAGGAAAAAGAUGUACAAAAUGUGCACUCUGUCAACUCACAUCUCAUGUUAAUCUGAAGUAUAUAGUUGAUGACUUAUGGAAGUCUGGUCUGAUAAAUGACGGAUUGUUCAGCAUGAUCGUACAGACGGACAAACCGGCUGGUGCCCAGACUGAUCUUUGGAACGAAGUGAUCGAUUCUUUCAACACAUUCAGCGUACAAAGUCCAGCCGAUGUAUCUCAUACUCUGAUAAACGCACUGACAAAGAAACAACAUUACAGCCAGAUAGCAAAAGGUGUUAGGUGGAUGAUUUGUACACAUAAAAAACUAGUGUGUGGUUGUAAACUACGCGACAAAUAUAUUCCAGAGAGAUUAUUUAGUUCAAUAGUAUCCUCUUUUUCUCCUCAGUCUUCAGAAACAGAUAUUUUAAUCGGUCUGAACGACGACGCAUGUUCCUCCAUCCAUUCAACGGAGUCUGACAACCCUCAAAACGAAAUUAAAAAGGAUGGACAGGUUUGUUAGUAUUAAUAAGAAGAAAAUCACAAACAAUUAUUGU